GUCGUUAGCGGAAGCGCGCUGUUAGCUUCAGUUGAAGGAAAAGAUUUUCUUUCUGAGACAAACCAGCCCCGAACUCCGCCAAAACACUCCGGAACAGCCCCGGACCGCGGCACAUGGACCCUCGGACCAGAACGCCGACCCUCCGUCGAUAGCACGGCCGACUUCCCAGGCUCCGGGCCGGGCCGGGACCAGAACCAGGCCCGGGGUGAGGAGCAGGAGCAGGCGGGCUGCGGGGUGAAGGAGAGCGGGCAUGCUGUCGGCGGCGGCGCGGUAAUCAAGCUCACGGUGUGCGGUCUCCGGCCGGGCUGCAGGCUCCCCGGUGGACUGACGGCGGUCGUGUUUGUCCGCGGCGGUUGUACAGGCUCGGGUUUUGGGUAUGGCACUGCGGGAAUUCAGUCCGAGAGCUAGCUCUGCGGUUAGCUAACAGCGGAGUUCACGGACAUCAACUUUUACCACGACCCAGCCCCGACCGCGUCAGAAAAACAGGCGGAAUGAGCAGCAGAGCCGGGCUAAUGUGAACCAGCGGGGGGUUAUUGUACAUCACCAAACUGCCGCUUAGCUUAUUAGCUCUUUUAAAGGCCUGAUAAAUGUUUCCGCAGCGAGUAUAGCAGUGAAGCUACGUCGUUAGCUGCUACGUUAGCCUGCCUCCACCGCCCCGAUGAAAGAAUACAAAGUUGUCGUGCUGGGCAGCGGCGGCGUCGGUAAGUCCGCGCUCACCGUGCAGUUUGUCACCGGCACCUUCAUCGAGAAAUACGACCCCACCAUCGAGGACUUCUACCGCAAAGAGAUCGAGGUGGACUCGUCGCCCUCCGUGCUGGAGAUCCUGGACACCGCGGGGACAGAGCAGUUCGCCUCCAUGAGAGACCUGUACAUCAAGAACGGACAGGGCUUCAUCCUGGUCUACAGCCUGGUCAACCAGCAGUCCUUCCAGGAUAUCAGACCGAUGCGAGACCAGAUAGUGCGAGUCAAGCGCUUUGAGAAGGUGCCAUUGAUUCUGGUCGGCAACAAAGUGGACCUGGAGUCUGAGCGCGAGGUCGCCGGAUCAGAUGGACGAGCUCUGGCUCAAGAGUGGGGCUGUCCCUUCAUUGAAACGUCUGCCAAGAGCAAGACCAUGGUGGACGAGCUGUUCGCUGAGAUCGUCCGGCAGAUGAAUUACUCCACGCUGCCCGAGAAGCAGGAGCAGUGCUGCACAGCCUGUGUGGUGCAGUGAGCAAGAGACCAGCGCUUCAGCCGUCUGGACCGCCACGAGCGAUCUGAUGAACCCCGAGGACGACGCCACUCUGAACCCUGCCGGCAGAAACUAACCGCAAGCCAGCCCAGUUUCUGCUCUACGUGGUUUCUGACAGGAAAGACGCUCGGCCUAUUUUUGAUAUCAUAACUGUUUAGAAGAUGUUUCUGCUGCAACCUCAACGGCCUUUUGUGACGACCCGGGAGGAGUCGGACAGACAGACUCGUAAGAACGGCCAUCUGUGAAUUUCUGUCUUCUUUUAUUUUCCUUUCCUUGUAGAUGGAAGUAUCAUGGAAAUACUAAGCAGGAGUGUUUGUGAGGUUGCAGCUUUUUGAAGCUGCUUUAAUCACUAUUAUAUACUUUAUUAUUACUUGUAUUAUGUCAGUUUGGAAUUUGACAAAGUAUUUCAUAAUAUUGAAACGUUUUGACUUUUAAGCAUGCAUAGUUCAAUUUGCUGUGCAGAUGCGAACCCGCUCACCUAAGUUUCAAGCUAUUUUUCAGAUUCCGGCACAAAACAGCAGCGGCAGAAAUUGACAGAUUUCAUUUUCGCUUCAGGACACAAACGGGGUGUGUUACUUUGCGUUAAACCAAUAAGAAGUAGUUAUGGAGCGUUAAUAAGGCAAAGUCGCGGCGAUUUCCGCUUCAGUUGGCACGGGAGCCGCCGUCUGAACACAUUCAUGCUCAAAAGUGAAAAUGUCCGUCAUCCUAAAUCGACUUGAAGUGACGAGGAUGAGCCAUUUUACUGUUCUUAGCCUGGACUCUUGUCUCGACAAGACGUGGACGCAGGUCUUCCGUUUUCAGUUUCCUGGAGGAGUCUGAGCUGGAGAAAGAUGGUGGAACGACCAAAGGAAGCUCGCUGUGCAUAACGUGUGUGUGCGUGUGCGUGUGUGUGACUACAUGACGUGUGUCGCUUUAAAUUCAGGAGAUGCUGAUUUUUCUCAUCGAAAUAACUCCCACCGCAAAACGUGGUUUGAUUAAAAAGUUCUGGCACAGGUAAUCAGAUUUAACUUUGUAUUUUUCCUUUUUCUCAUAGUAACCUAUUUAUUAAAGACUAAUGACAUGGGUAGCCAGUUUGAAACUUUUAAUUUUAUACUAGGUUUUUUUUUUUCUGCUUUUUUGUGAGUUUUCAGUUUACUUGGUAUGUUGUACUUUUGCUUUUUUUAAAGCUGAGAAUUUAACAGAGCCUUAAAAUUUCUGUUGCACCCCGGUGUCAUGUUUCUUUUUAUUCUCCUUGGAAGAUAAAUGGCUGUCAUCAUUUGGUAAUAAACAUGCUGGACUCUCUGCUUUUGUGAUGGGAUACCCGCACAACCUUCAUCUGAGCAUUUCUAGUUUCACAAUCGAACAACAAAUACUUGUGCUUGCACCAUACUCGUGCCAUAUUUAGCAUUUUGGUUUUGUGUAGCUCGAGAACCUUUUUUUUUUUUUUUUUUUGGUAAUGGUUGUUUAACCAAUUAAAACCUGGAGCGACUUUUAUGUAAUUUUUCCUUUGAGAUCUGACAUGAUUACAUGAUUUAAUCUACAGAAACACACACAGGGGGAAAUGUCAAGUGACGCCUUCAGCUGUUAAGAGAUCAACUGAAGUUUACCUUUAUUACUUGUUUCCAUCAGUUUACACAGAGGAGGGGCAAGUUCAUGAUCUUUUAAAAGAACCUGGACUGAGAUCAAACAAAUACACAUUACAUUUCCUUUAGAGAUUUUGGGGAAAAAGGCAAAACUUAAACACAAAUUGUAUUUUAAGAGCACAUGUAAAGGUAGAAUGAUACAGAAGCGGCAUGUUUCUAACAGCAAGUUACAUAUCUACUUCACUAGUGAACUGUAGAGGUUUUAAUUGAGUGGACCUGAGAUAUUCUGCUGUAUUUAUUCCACAGGUGGGAAGAAGAGAAACUAAAAGCUGCUUCAGUUUGAUCCAGUGAAAAAGGUCCAAUAAGUCAGGGUUUUUUUUGUUGUUUUUUUUUGGGCUUUGAGACGAAGACACUUCACACAAUCGGUCCAGUUCGAUCGCCGCGCUUCACUGGACAUGUGGGCAGUUUUAGAGGCUUGAUCUCCCGACGUUAGGGACUGUAGGACAACCAGCUGUGCCUCCUGAGCCACAGCCGCUCCAUAAACACUGCGAACAGACAAAUGGAUAUAUAAGGACUUUGCCUCGGGUGUCGAUGUUCUGUGGAAGCAUAAACACGUAUUUUGAAUUAAAGGUUGAAGUUGA